AUCAGGCCCUUAGGAUGACACAGGUCCUGUUGUCAUGGCGACAUGAUCUACACCACCCCCCCAGCCCCCAGCCUGGCCAUUUGCCUCCCACAGACACUCCGACAUCUUCCUCCCUCAUCUGCCCCGGGCUUCUGGGGGACGCGGGCAGCCCACGUGGCCUCGGCACCGAGGGCCUGGAGACCCUCGACUGCGCAGCCCUCGGCGGGCAGAGGCGCGUUCCUGCACCCUCCUGCCGCAGGGUUUGGAGGCUGCUGGUCCCUGCGGGUGGUGCCGCGUCCGCAGAGUCGGAGAAAGUGAGCGGCAACCGGGCUUUGCUCAGGUUGUGGCAGAGACUGCGACAGUCAGCGCAUACCCCGUCCCAUCGACUCCCUCCCUGUCCUCAGCGAUGGCGCUGGCAAUGCUGCAGGACUGGUGCGGCUGGAUGGGCGCGAACGCGCAGCGUGCCCUGCUCAUCCUGGGCAUCCCUGACGACUGCCAGGAAGGUGAAUUCCGGGCGGCCCUGCAUGCUGCGCUGUGGCCUCUGGGCAGGUACCGAGUGCUCAGCAAGGUCUUCAGAAAGGAGCUGGGGGCCAGGGCAGCCUUGGUCGAGUUCGCAGACGUUUUAAACCGAAGUUUGAUCCCCAGACAGAUAGCAGGCAAGGGGGGGCCCUGGACUGUGAUUUUCCUGCCCCAGGCGCCUGAUGCUGACUUACAGGACACACGGAGUUUUCCUGCACAGCCCCAGGGGCAAUCAGUGGCCAGAUACGCAGGUGGGGCAGGAGUUGCAGGAGCUGCAGGAAGUGCAGAUGGGGCAGGAGCCCCAGGUGAGGAAGGAGCCCCAGGUGAGGAAGGAGCCCCAGGUAAGGCAGGAGCCACAAGUGAGGAAGGAGCCCCAGGUAAGGCAGGAGCCACAGGUGAGGCGGGGUCUGCAGGUGGAGAGGAAGCUGCAGAUGAGGUGGGGGAUGCAGGUGGAGAGGAAGCUGCAGAUGAGGUGGGGGGUGCAGGUGGAGAGGAAGCUGCAGGUGAGGCGGGGACUGCAGAUGAGGUGGGGGAUGCAGGUGGAGAGGAAGCUGCAGAUGAGGUGGGGGAUGCAGGUGGAGAGGAAGCUGCAGGUGAGGUGGGGACUGCAGAUGAGGUGGGGGAUGCAAGUGGAGAGGAAGCUGCAGGUGAGGCGGGGACUGCAGAUGAGGUGGGGGAUGCAGGUGGAGAGGAAGCUGCAGGUGAGGUGGGGACUGCAGAUGAGGUGGGGGAUGCAGGUGGAGAGGAAGCUGCAGAUGAGGUGGGGGAUGCAGGUGGAGAGGAAGCUGCAGAUGAGGUGGGGGAUGCAGGUGGAGAGGAAGCUGCAGGUGAGGUGGGGACUGCAGAUGAGGUGGGGGAUGCAGGUGGAGAGGAAGCUGCAGGUGAGGUGGGGACUGCAGAUGAGGUGGGGGAUGCAGGUGGAGAGGAAGCUGCAGGUGAGGUGGGGGAUGCAGGUGGAGAGGAAGCUGCAGGUGAGGUGGGGACUGCAGAUGAGGUGGGGGAUGCAGGUGGAGAGGAAGCUGCAGGUGAGGCGGGGACUGCAGAUGAGGUGGGGGGUGCAGGUGGAGAGGAAGCUGCAGGUGAGGUGGGGGAUGCAGGUGGAGAGGAAGCUGCAGGUGUUGCGGGGACUGCAGGUGAGGCAGGAGCUGCAGGGGAGGCAGACGCCUGGUCCCGGCAAUGGAGUGAGUCCCUGAAGCCUCUGCUGAGAAGUCUGGCCUGCCAGGAACUGCGAGCCUUUUCCGGAAGAGAGCAGCCAGGCUGUGGGGAAGAGUCCUUUGAGAGCUGGCUGGACCACGCCAAGGACAUGCUAUACCUGUGGCGCCACACGUCAGAACGGGAGAGGCGGCGGCGGCUGGUGGAGAGCUUGGACGGUCCGGCCCUGGACCUCAUGUGCGGCCUCCUGGCAGAACAUCCGGACACCCCGGCUCAGGACUGCCUGGACGCGCUGGAGCAGGUGUUCGGGAACAAUGACACCCGGGUAACAGCGAGGAUGAAGUUGCUGACGUGCUCGCAGCAGCCAGGGGAGAGUCUGUUCGCCUACGUGAUGCGCCUGGAAGGCCUGCUGCACGUGGCCAUGGAGCAGGGAGCUGUCCACCCAGCCAUGGCAGACCAGAUGCGAGCUAGGCAGGUGCUGCUGCAGGCCGGGCCCAACGCCAUGCUGCAGGACAAGCUGCGGAGGAUGUGGCUGGAGAGGCGGCUGCCUGGCUUCCUGGGGCUGCUCCGGUUGGUGCGGGAAACGGAGGCCUGGGAGGCUGCUCUGCCUCUGAGGGAGCUGUGCAGAGGAGAGGAAGGGUCCCAUGGAGACGGUGGAGACCUGGCUGUUGCCCGGGCCGUCCCUGUCCUGGGAGGCACUGCGGAGGUCCCCCUGGCCCCUGGAGGUGCCAGCCAGGCAAUUCCUGAUGCCCCUGCUGAGCUUCUCCCCAUCAGCAGUGUUGCGGCUGGGGCCUCCCCUGUCCCCCAGGGAGAGGAAAGUGUCUCUGAACCUGUGGGGCUAGGUCAGGCAGCGUCCACUGAGGCCCCCGGGGGCCCCACCCCAGCCCAGAUGGGUAGUGCACCUGGGGCGAGCCCAGGAGGUCCUGGCUGGGUGCCUGACAGGCGUGCCCAGGCAGCAGAGCAGGAGGCCGAGGAGCCCCCGCUGGAGGGGCUCAAACCCAUCCCAGAGGAGUAGGGAAAACAGGAAAGGGCUGGGGACAUGAGCUACCCCGAGUCCUCAGGCAAACAGGCUCAGAAGGCCCAUGCAGGGGCCUCCUCUCCUGCCUUCUCAGGCAGCACAGUGUCCUGGAGGUGGGAGAAGGGAGGCCACAGCCACCACCACAUGGGCUCCUCAGACCUUCCUUCUCCCUCGAGGGGCCCCCAACCAUUACUCUCAGACAUUCUCAGUGACCCAGAUGACCAAGUUUGCUGCCCAGCAGGGAGGGGAGAGGUGCCCCUGCCAUGACACCAAUACACCUGUUCCCAGCCCCAAACCCCACAAACUUGGGCAGCCAACCUGGAAGCCCCUCUGAGCAGCCAGCUGUGGCCUGGGUGAGGGCACCUGAAGACCUUUACCACCAGAGGUAGACUGGGAGGCCUUUGGGAGAGAGGCCAUCUCAGGGAUGCCCACUGCCUGGGCCUCCUCAGAGGGGCCCCCCUAUUCAAUGUCCUGGGGCAGCCUGAGCCCUGUUCUGCAAAACUCCCCAUCCGUGCAGGCUCAGUAGUGACCCAAGUGUCCAGAACACGUACCCCCUUCCACCAGCUACCAGUGACCUUUUGUGUGCAAAGCUGCUGUGUGUGUGCUGGGCCCGGGACACAUGCUGUGAGCUUCAGUGCCAGCCCAGGCUCUGCUCUCUGCCAUUCUGAAUCAGAUGGCAGAUAGCAGAGCCUCUGCUUCCUCGGUGUAGAUGUAGGCUGACCGCUGCCUGUCCUGGUGCAGAUGUGUGUUCUUACCUGAGCAGCUCCACCUUGGAGACCCCCAGCACAGUCCCAGGAGACAGUGGGAAUGUGCACUCCCAUACAGCGGGGAGAAGAGCUGGACCAGGAACAGAAGGGGGGCUGUGAGGGGCUCCCUGGGGACUGUGCUUUGGUGUCCCAUGCCUGUCAUGUCAGCCCUUGUGAUUCAGUUUCCUGAACUUGGUGGGAUAUGUCCUGCUGUUAUUCCUGGUGUCCUGUGUGGGCCAUGGGGCAGGGCCGCGCCCCAGUAGAUGGCCCCCGAGGGGAUUCCCUAGAGUGUGUGGCCAUUGCCAGAGUCCAGAGUCCAGGCAAGGGGCAGAUCAUGGGUCCUGGAUCCCACGUGGCCUCUAGUGGCAGUUAGCAGUUGCUGUCUGUUGCUGUUCCCAUCUCUACAGUGGUUGCGCUGAAUGUUUCUGUUCAA